AAACAUUUCCACUGUACCUCUUUGCUUUCCGUACCCGAUUCAAUCGUCUUGGUUCGACAACUGUUUUUUUUAAUGGCAAACUUGGUAUUUUCGGCGUUGUGAAUAUUAUUUAUAACGACUACUGAUGAUACUAAAGACAUUUUCAGAAGUUACUUCUGAGGAUACAGUCGUACAGCUGUCAGCUUUGGUUGGAGUCUCAUUUAUCCAGCAGUUUCAUUACGACAGCUUUUCUCCGCUGUUGUUGUUGCUAGUGCGCACCACUCGCUAGCUAGUAGCACAUCAUUAGCUAGCCUGCCAACUAGACAUCUACAUUUCAAAAACUUUUCUUUGUUUUUGUCUUUCGUGGCGCGUUGCAUUUGCAUCAGUGAUGAUAAAAAACACGAUACAAUCCGCAGGACUUCUGGUUUUGUUGUGGUUGUUAUUUGGGGACUUUGUUCUGGUUUGGUUUCACAACAGAGUCAAAACCGAAACGUACAACAACCAAUAUUCUUCCAAAGAAGAUGCUUCUGACAGUCAAGACCAGAGCUGUUUUUGUCACUUGACAGGCGUCUUGGAUGACUGCUUCUGUGACAUCGAGAGCAUUGAUGUCUUCAACAACUUCAAAAUCUACCCCCGCAUUCAGAAGCUGACCGAGAGAGACUACUUCAGGUACUACAGGGUCAACCUGAAUAGGCCCUGUCCCUUCUGGGCCGACGAUAGCCACUGCUCCAUCAAGGACUGCCAAGUGGAGCCCUGCCCAGAGAGCAAGAUUCCAGUGGGAAUAAAGUCUGGAAACUACAAUAGGUAUUCCCAGGUGGCCAACGCCAACACAGACAUAGUAGAUUGUGAACAAGCCCAAGACCUGGGGGCAAUUAACAGCACCCUGAGCAACUAUAGUAAAGAGGCCUUUGAGGACUGGGCCCGGCACGAUGACGCACAGGACCACUUCUGUGAGCUGGAUGAUGAGACGUCACCAGAUGCAGACUAUGUGGACCUGCUCCUAAACCCGGAGCGCUACACUGGCUACAAGGGCCCCUCAGCCUGGAGAGUGUGGAACAGCAUCUACGAGGAGAACUGCUUCAAGCCCAGAUCAGUGUACCGGCCCCUUAACCCACUGGUUCCGCCCAGAGGAGGAGAUGAUGAUGGCGAAGGCUUUUACAACUGGCUGGAAGGUCUGUGUUUGGAGAAGAGGGUAUUCUACCGGCUCAUAUCUGGUCUCCACAGCAGCAUAAACAUCCACCUGUGUGCAGAGUACCUAUUGGCCGAGGGCUGGGGCAAGUCCCUGUGGGGCCCCAAUGUGCAGGAGUUCCGCCAGCGCUUCGACCCGGCCGAGACCAAGGGCGAGGGCACGCGGCGCCUUAAGAACCUCUACUUUCUCUACCUGAUCGAGCUGCGUGCCCUCUCCAAGGUGGCGCCCUACUUCGAUCGAGCCUUCGUCAACCUGUACACGGGCGACCAUCAAGAGGACCAAGCCUCCAAAGAGUUACUGCUGCAGUUCUUCAACGAGACCAAAGCUUUCCCAAUGCACUUUGACGAGAAGUCCAUGUUUGCUGGGCAGAAGAUCGAAGCAAAAACGUUGAAGGAGGAAUUCCGGCUACAUUUUAAAAACAUUUCCCGGAUCAUGGACUGUGUGGGCUGCAGUAAAUGUCGACUCUGGGGGAAGCUACAGACCCAAGGGCUGGGCACGGCGUUGAAGAUCCUCUUCUCUGAGAAGGAGAUCAAGAACCUGCCGGAACACAGCCCCUCUAAGGGCUUCCAGCUGACACGCCAGGAGAUAGUGGCCUUGCUCAAUGGCUUUGGGAGGCUCUCCACAAGCAUCCACCAGCUCCAUAGUUUCCGCGCCUUGCUGAAGGAGAAGAGGUAACACCCCCCCAUCAGCACUACCACCACCCGGCCACCAGGUGGAGCCAACCCAGAGGGAACUGCAAUAGUCUUAUUCCUCCCCAGAAUAAGAUCAAGUUCAGGGACUUCAGGAUCGACACUGAACCCCCAUCCCCUCCUCCUUCCUUCUUCCUCUAUGUACAACUCUCCUUCUCUCCUCUUCCUUUCCAGAGAGCAACGGCACUCUAAGUCUGAGAAAUCUGUACCUCUGUUUCCUUUCGUUGUUACUACUUUUGUGGAUGAAAGUGUUCACUAUGUCAGGCAGAUUAGUUGUGAGCUAAACCCAUCCUUGAGUGAGUGUGGGUGUAUGUGUCUGUGCGAGUGUGUUAUUGAAGGUGUGUGUGUGUGUGUGUGAGAAUACUUAUUUGUCGUUGAUCGCCAGUUGCAGCUAAAUGAUAACGAGAACUAGGGAUAACGAGAACUAGGAUUCAUUCCGUACUUUUACGAGCAUAAACUUGAUAAGCGCAGCUGCUUUUUCCUAUCCUAGAGGUGUAACCUUUCUCUCUGUGAGUUAGUGCAUCGGUUGAAAGAACGUCUAUGUGAGCGACUAUGUCUGCUUUUGCUUUUGUCUGUGCAUUUAACUGUGCUGUAUAAGGGGUGUUUUAACAUCUCCAUUUGGCAAUCCAGUCUUUCUGCGCAUCAUAUUAUAAAAGCCUCAUUUAAAUGUGGGAAAAAAAUAACAAUUUACAGAUUGGGUAUCUGUUGACCACGAUACGCUUGCGUUACUUUUGUCAUACCUAUUCUAUUCGGUGGCAGAACGGUUCCUGGUGUUUUUAUUCUUAUUUUAUUGGUUUUAUGAAAGUCGAGACUAGCCAGGGUGAUGGCAAUCCCAAAUGUGUAAGAGUUGUUUCCAUGGCAACGAAAAGCCACACCAGUAUUUGUUUCAUAGUUCACUUAAAUAAGCUGUCAUGCUGUGAUGCUGCCAUGUUGGAGAAGAGUACUGUUAAAGUAUAAUGGAGAAUGUAGCCAAUGGUGUGAGAAGAAGCAACUCGAAACAAGCAGUGGGGGUUUGUUCCCCCGUGAUGGUCAAGUUCACUGGGGUGUCUUGGUGAGCUUGCCAUGUAAAUCAAUUCAAAAUGGAUACACGUAAUGGCAUUUAACGUCACACAACCUUUUUAUACUGUCAUGCCCUUCAGGACUGGGACGAUACCAGUAUGGCGAUACUCGUUAGUAUCGUGGCAAGGAAACAUUAACAUGAAGCGUGUUUAACUUCUUUAGGAAAACAGCCCUAACGUUCCACACACUAUACAUGUUUGAUUUCUGUCUGAAGUAGGUAUUUCUCCAUGUGGACCAAAGAUUUUAUGUUGCCUUUUUUAUUUUCUAUCAUGUCAAAGCACAUUUGAGUUUUUCCACCAUAUAAGUUUUUAAUUUGUGCAUCAUCACCCCCUUCGGUAACAUUGGGUAGAAAAUGUUGCAAGUGAGGUUCGCCUUAUGUGUAAAGAUCAAACUAUUGGUAGCCAGACAAUACCUGGGUAAUACUUUGUAUCACAUUUUUGUAAAAGAAAAUCUCGAUCCAAUCAAGCAAAGGUAGACAUGGGGUCCAGUAAGUAGGAUUUGAGUCAAGUGCUAGCUAGCUGACGCUUAUGCUAACAUAAAGAGCAACGCUAAUGUCGCCGUGAAUGUGAAUGCUAUGGAGAUUGAACAAGCUGUUCCUUUGCUUAAAGUGAAGGAAAUAGACAAGAUAAUAUUUUAUCUUAGAGGAAAAGCGUGUGUGUCUGUCUGGGACUCGCAUGCUUUCUAAAAACCCAGAACGUCCUGUGCAAUCCACUUGUCUGCCUUAAAAGUUCCAAAAAAUUGUUUUGAAAAAAAUAAUUAAAAAAGCUUGAGCCUGCUUUCUUGGAUGAAAUUCACCAUUUUGUCUCCAAUGAUCUCCACGCUCUUCUGCUUUCUCCUAUCUCUGCCUUUGUAACAUAUUCAGAAUACCCAGAAAGUUGUACUAUUUGUAAAAGGAAAAUGACAGAACUUUUUUCAAAGCUGUAUGAUUAUAUAAUUAGUUGCACCUGUAUUGAUGUGUAUUCUUGUUUGAUUAUAUUUAUUAGAACAGAGGAAUAAAUAUUUCUGGUUGUCAUUCAAAACUUUUUAUGCAUCUUUUUCAGAUUUGUACCAUAAUCCAUUAUGUACAAACACUUUCAGAACAAUACUAUUUGACCUCACCGUAACAGAAAGGUAUACUAUAUACCCCUCAAACUCAACUCGGGACCUCAAAACCAGUUACACUGUGGGUUUUUUCAUUGUUCCCCCUUAAUCAGGGACUGAUUUAGACCUGGGACACUAAGUGGGUGCAAUUAAUUCAGGUAGAAUAGAAAACCAGCAGGCUCUGGACCUCGUAAGGUAAAAUUUGAAUACACCUUAAUUUAAUAUUUUAUUUUUACCAAUAAACCAUGAAAAGGGUUCUGUUAUUGGGACUUGUUCUGACCUUUCCUAUCAUAAAGUAGAUUGUAGACAAUGUUGGGGUACAAUUCCGUUUCAUCUAGUGACUAAAUCAAGAACAGUAGGAUGCCCUCACAUUGAGUGUCACACCCCAAAUGUCCUUUUAUUCAUUGGUUAUGUGUCAAUACCGAUCACGAUACAUCCACAGACAGAAAAGCAGACAAAUAAAUAGAGCAUCUGAUCAGUGAAACUUUCUCCAUUACAUUAAAAACUUCCUGUUAGAAAUAUAGAAUCCAUCUUUUUCACCAUCGCAUCGCCAAUAAAUGUAUGUUCAGUCAUAUUCAUAUUUACUGUGGAUAUAGAUAUGACAUGAUUUUGUUUGUGUCAUUGUUCUAUACAGGCUUUAGUAUAUUGAUAUUGUCUAAGGUCAACUACCUUGAUGUAUAUGUUUGUGCAUGACUUAGUGCUAGCUUAUAAUAUGGGUUUAUUUCACAGGUUUUCUGGAUGACUUUCUAAAAUGUCUAGCUGGUUCCCAAACUGUGGGGUGGUCGAUAGGGGGAUGCAGAGUUUUU